AUGACGACUGAUCGAGACGACGUGCUGAGUGUGGAGUCAUGCAUCUUCAACAUCACGCUCGCCUUCCGCGAUGCGUCCUCGCAAUUGCAGGCCCUUAAAACCAGAAGCGGUGGCGGCGGCGUAGCAGAAUGGAAAGCGCUCGAGGAAGCGACGGAGGAAGUGCCGCACGAACUCGAGGCGGAGAGGAAGCGAGCCAUUGCACGGCUGGGCCAGUCGUUCGCUGUGGGCGAUGACGCGGCCAUUCUGGAAUUACAGCAGAUCGCUAUGCUCGUUCAGACGGACGUGCUGGAGAGGUUGCAGAGUGCGAUUGACGGGGCUGGCGAGGGCUCGGUGCGCACCGUCGCUGCUCUUGUCGAUGCCGUGGAGCUGGCGAGAGAUCGGACCAUGUUGGCUUUGCUGGGGCUUAAGAUGCGCCUGCGCGAGAUGGGUUCGGGGAGUGAUGGGGCUCGCACGGGGUCGACGACCAGUACUACGUCUCAGCUGCAGCUGGGAGAUCCCCCCGCGAAUGGCAACCUUUCAGACGGCGUCAGCACUACGGGUGGCGCGGAGAAUGGGCAGACCACGGACGGGCUGCGACGACCUCAUGGCACCUCUCUGAUCAGCAUGCUGCGGAGCAAUACGUUGCGCAGCAGUAACGCCGGCGGCGACUCUCGGCAGAAUCUCCUUCGAAGGUCUACGAACAAUCCCUUCUCGCUUCUAUCCAAGGACCGAAAAGCGUCCAACGACGAGGGCGACGAAAACGCCAGCGAAGCCCGGGCCCGCGCAUCUUCACAAUCGAGGGUUAGCGAUGAGACGGUGCCAUUCCCUGCUUUCAGCACUUCCGUCGCCUCUUCUGGCACCUCUCCGCAACUGACCCGCUCCGCAUCCGUGCUCCAACGCGGUGCUGUCGUCGCAAACCCCCGGAACUCUGGCGCGACCGUCACCGUGCCUCCCAACCCGGCCAACAACUACCUAGGCUUCUGCAAAGGCGCCGCACGCCUGCAGUCCGGCGAUCGACUAGCCAUGCACAAGGCAAAAGAGUUCCCCGAAGGCCGCUCGCACCGCACCUCCUACUUCCUCACCUGCUCCAACUCCAAAUGCGCCUUCGCCACGCACAUGGACCUCAACACCAUCUGGGAUCGCGUGUGGACGCUCAACGACCUCGGCCUGAAGAUCCGCUGGGCCUUCCUCGCCAAAAGCCACGUCUUGCAGACCAAAGUCAAAGACCAGAAGUACCGCUACAGCUGCCUCUUCUGCGUCUUUGCCGGCGUCGAUGCGCCCGUCAUCGAGGGCACGGACGCCUACCUUCGCCACAUCAGCCAGCAGCACCGUGGCCGGGCGUUUGGGGACGUCACCUUGUACCGCACGGGGUGCAUUAACGAUCGCAUCGCGGAGGACAGCGAGGAGUUCGACGUCAACUUCUUCCCGCUGACCGUCAGCGAGUACACGGAGCGCAGCAAGCGCGGCGAGGACUUGUCCGACGAAAAUGUCAUCGUGGGCCGCGUCGGAGAUGAUGCGAACGCUCCGGAAGCGACGGCAUGCGAUGAGCCGUGGUGUCAGGAUCUGCCGGACUUCCAGUACGCGGAUUCCUUUGAGCGCGGCAUGCGAGACUACAGUCUCACGCCUUUUCAGUCGUACAGCUGA